CAGGUGCGAGGGGCAAAGAGCAUUGAGCAUUUGAAGCUUCGACUCCCCGCUUGGCCACCGACUUUGCAUCUCUUCACAGAGCCCUCAGAGCCCCUCCCCGAGGAGCCCAAACCUGUGGAGAUGUCCUUCCACCACUGCCACAGAGACCCCAUGCCACAGCAGGGGCUCACCCCUGAGAGACUGCAGGCACGGAGGCAGCUGUGUGCCGCCUGCGCUGUGUGCUGCGUCUUCAUGGCCGGGGAAGUGGUCGGUGGGUAUUUGGCGCACAGCCUGGCCAUCAUGACCGAUGCGGCCCACCUGCUGGCGGACGUGGGCAGCAUGAUGGGCAGCCUCUUCUCCCUCUGGCUCUCUACCCGUCCAGCCACCCGCACCAUGACCUUUGGCUGGCACCGCUCAGAGACUCUGGGGGCCUUGGCCUCUGUGGUCUCCCUCUGGAUGGUCACUGGCAUCCUCCUGUAUCUGGCCUUCAUCCGCCUGCUGCACAGCGACUACCACAUCGAGGGGGGUGCCAUGCUGCUGACCGCCAGCAUCGCAGUCUGUGCCAAUCUGCUAAUGGCCUUUGUGCUGCACCAGGCUGGGCCCCCACACAGCCAUGGGUCUAGAGGGGCAGAGUAUACACCGCUGGAGGAGGGGCCGAGGGAGCCCCUGCCCCUGGGGAACACCAGCGUCCGGGCAGCCUUUGUGCAUGUGCUGGGGGACCUCCUGCAGAGCCUUGGGGUACUGGCUGCCUCCAUCCUCAUCUACUUCAAGCCUCAGUACAAGGCGGCUGACCCCAUCAGCACCUUCCUCUUCUCCAUCUUUGCCCUUGGAUCCACAGCUCCAACCCUCCGAGAUGUUCUUCGAGUCCUCAUGGAAGGUACCCCCCGCAGUGUGGGGUUUGAGCCUGUUCGGGACACGCUGCUGUCGGUGCCAGGAGUCCGGGCUACUCAUGAGCUGCACCUGUGGGCCCUUACACUCACUUACCAUGUUGCCUCCGCGCACCUGGCCAUUGACGCAGCGGCUGACCCUGAAGCUGUCCUGGCUGAAGCCUCAUCCCGGCUCUACUCCCAGUUUGGAAUCUCCAGCUGUACCCUGCAGGUCGAGCAGUACCGGCCCGAGAUGGCCCAGUGCCUACGGUGCCGGGAGCCCCCCAAAGCCUAAGCUGUGGCCUCACCCUCAUCUACCCCACUGCCCAGCCCAGGCUCAGCCCUGGACUCUCAGCAACUGCCCCCCUGAUCAUGGAGAGGGGACUGAGCUGGGCCCGGACACCUUCCUUUCUCCCUCCUCCCGAACUCCCCAGCCCACAGCCCCUGUGGGCAAGACCAAAGUGUGAGUGGGGAGUGGGGGAGGGAGUC